AUGGUGCUAGCCACCCAGCUGGAUCUCCGGUUCAGAGAAAUAAGGCAGGAGCGAUUUGAAACGAACCCUCUGCCCAAUCAUCACUCCCAACCUGCUGGUGCGACCUAUACCCCUAUCCCCACCAUUGACAUAGAGGAACCCAUGCAGAUUGGAGCACUAAAUACCAUGCUCACAGUAACUGAAAAGGCCAGAAGGAGAGCCAAAGGCCUUUGCUUCUAUUGUGGCAAGGGAGGCCACUAUCAGCUAUUGCCCGAUACGUCCUCCUCACCCUAAACAUAGCCAUGUGGGGGCUCUGUAUCAGCAUCCAGCAAGUCCAUCAUGGCCCCUUUUUUGUUCAACUCUGCCAGCUACUGGACCGAAAAGACCACCUAACCAGACCAAUGGCACCAUCAUGGUCCCAGCUAACCCUGCUUCUGUUCCAGAGCCUCAAAAGGAGGCUACUGUGGCUACCUUCCAAUCCUCAGCUUCUGUCUCCCCUAAAGUUUCCUGCUCCAACACAGAGGAUCUGUCCCCAGACUGUGUAAUUGCCUCCAAUGGAACCGUGGUCCGCAGGCAAGAUCUAAAGGUCAUUGAACAGGCUCUUAAGGCCAGAGCUGCAUCCCCUUCUCGCCUCCACUGCUUCCUCGAAGAAUAA